GAGGUGUUCUGUUUUCCCCACAGUAAUCCAUGCUGAAGAGGCCCCAUUCAUACAGAUGAGCCAGGGGUUGAAGCAGCACUUUAAACCCAGAUAGUCGGCUAACUGCCCGGCAGGAUGCCAUCAACCAGCCGAGCGGGCAGCCUGAAGGACCCAGAAAUUGCAGAGCUGUUCUUCAAAGAAGAUCCUGAGAAGCUCUUUACAGAUCUCCGAGAGAUUGGUCAUGGAAGCUUUGGAGCAGUUUAUUUUGCACGUGAUGUGCGCACCAACGAAGUGGUGGCCAUCAAGAAAAUGUCCUAUAGUGGGAAGCAAUCCAAUGAGAAAUGGCAGGAUAUUAUUAAGGAAGUCAAGUUCCUACAAAGAAUAAAACAUCCUAACAGUAUAGAAUACAAAGGCUGCUAUUUGCGGGAGCAUACAGCAUGGCUUGUUAUGGAAUAUUGUUUAGGAUCAGCAUCAGACUUACUAGAAGUUCAUAAAAAGCCAUUGCAAGAAGUGGAAAUAGCAGCAAUUACCCAUGGUGCUCUCCAAGGACUAGCAUACUUGCAUUCUCACAACAUGAUCCAUAGAGAUAUCAAGGCAGGAAACAUCCUACUGACGGAGCCAGGCCAGGUGAAGCUUGCCGAUUUUGGAUCUGCUUCCAUAGCCUCUCCUGCCAAUUCAUUUGUGGGGACGCCAUAUUGGAUGGCCCCAGAAGUAAUUUUAGCCAUGGAUGAAGGGCAGUAUGAUGGCAAAGUAGAUGUUUGGUCUCUUGGAAUAACAUGUAUUGAGUUAGCGGAAAGGAAGCCUCCUUUGUUUAAUAUGAACGCAAUGAGUGCCUUAUAUCACAUAGCGCAGAAUGAAUCCCCUACACUACAGUCUAAUGAAUGGUCUGAUUAUUUUCGAAACUUCGUAGAUUCUUGCCUCCAAAAAAUCCCUCAAGACAGACCUACAUCAGAGGAGCUCCUGAAGCACAUGUUUGUUCUUCGGGAGCGCCCUGAAACAGUGUUAAUAGACUUGAUUCAGAGAACAAAGGAUGCAGUGAGAGAACUGGACAAUCUACAGUAUCGUAAAAUGAAGAAACUCCUCUUCCAGGAGGCACACAAUGGACCUGCAGUUGAAGCACAGGAAGAGGAGGAGGAACAAGACCACGGCGUCGGCAGGACAGGAACAGUGAAUAGUGUUGGAAGCAAUCAGUCUAUUCCCAGUAUGUCUAUCAGUGCCAGUAGCCAAAGCAGUAGUGUUAACAGUCUUCCAGAUGCCUCAGAUGAUAAGAGCGAGCUAGAUAUGAUGGAAGGGGACCACACCGUGAUGUCCAAUAGCUCUGUCAUCCACUUGAAGCCGGAGGAAGAAAACUACAGAGAAGAGUCGGAUCCUAGAACAAGAGCGACAGAGCCACAAUCUCCACCCCAAGUAUCCCGCCACAAGUCGCAUUACCGCAAUCGAGAGCACUUUGCUACUAUACGCACAGCAUCCCUGGUGACAAGGCAAAUGCAGGAACACGAACAGGACUCUGAGCUCCGAGAGCAGAUGUCUGGCUAUAAACGCAUGAGACGGCAGCACCAGAAACAGCUGAUGGCACUGGAGAACAAACUGAAGGCAGAGAUGGAUGAGCAUCGCCUCAGGUUGGACAAAGAUCUUGAAACACAGCGCAACAACUUUGCUGCAGAAAUGGAAAAGCUAAUUAAAAAGCACCAAGCAGCCAUGGAGAAGGAGGCCAAAGUGAUGGCUAAUGAAGAGAAGAAGUUUCAACAACACAUUCAGGCCCAACAGAAGAAGGAACUGAACAGCUUCCUGGAAUCACAGAAGAGAGAAUACAAGCUCCGCAAAGAGCAGCUCAAAGAGGAGCUGAACGAGAACCAGAGCACCCCGAAGAAGGAGAAGCAGGAGUGGCUCUCCAAGCAGAAGGAGAACAUCCAGCAUUUCCAGGCAGAGGAGGAGGCCAACCUACUGCGCCGCCAGCGGCAAUACCUGGAGCUAGAGUGCCGCCGCUUCAAGCGAAGAAUGCUUCUUGGGCGCCACAACCUGGAGCAGGACCUUGUUCGGGAGGAGCUGAACAAGAGGCAGACGCAGAAGGACCUGGAGCAUGCCAUGCUGCUGCGCCAACACGAAUCCAUGCAGGAGCUGGAGUUCCGCCACCUCAACACCAUCCAGAAGAUGCGCUGCGAGCUGAUCCGCCUGCAGCACCAGACUGAGCUCACCAACCAGCUGGAGUACAACAAGCGGCGCGAGAGGGAGCUGCGGCGCAAGCACGUCAUGGAGGUCAGGCAGCAGCCCAAGAGCCUGAAGUCCAAAGAGCUGCAGAUCAAGAAGCAGUUCCAGGACACGUGCAAGAUCCAGACCCGGCAGUACAAAGCCUUGAGAAACCACCUGCUGGAGACCACGCCAAAGAGCGAGCACAAAGCGGUGCUGAAACGGCUCAAGGAGGAGCAGACGCGCAAGCUGGCCAUCCUCGCCGAGCAGUACGAUCACAGCAUUAAUGAAAUGCUCUCGACACAAGCUCUGCGUCUGGACGAGGCGCAGGAAGCAGAGUGCCAGGUUUUGAAGAUGCAGCUGCAGCAGGAACUGGAGCUGCUGAACGCGUAUCAGAGUAAAAUCAAGAUGCAGGCUGAGGCCCAACAUGACCGGGAGCUGCGGGAGCUUGAGCAGAGGGUGUCCCUCCGCAGGGCCCUCCUGGAGCAGAAGAUCGAGGAGGAGAUGCUGGCGCUGCAGAACGAGCGCACUGAGCGGAUACGGAGCCUGCUGGAGCGGCAAGCCCGCGAGAUCGAAGCCUUCGACUCGGAGAGCAUGAGGCUAGGUUUUAGUAACAUGGUCCUUUCUAACCUCUCCCCCGAGGCGUUCAGCCACAGCUACCCGGGAGCUUCUGGCUGGUCCCACAAUCCGACGGGGGGUGCGGGACCUCAUUGGGGUCAUCCCAUGGGUGGCCCACCGCAAGCUUGGGGCCAUCCAAUGCAAGGUGGACCCCAGCCAUGGGGUCACCCCUCAGGGCCCAUGCAGGGGGUCCCUCGAGGUAGCGCGAUAGGGGUCCGCAACAGCCCCCAGGCUCUGAGGCGGACGGCCUCCGGGGGACGGACGGAGCAGGGCAUGAGCAGGAGCACAAGUGUUACUUCACAAAUAUCCAAUGGUUCACACAUGUCUUAUACAUAACUUCAACAGUAACUGAGGGUGGCAAUUCCACUGGAGCUGUCUGCCAAGAGAAACUGCCUACAGACACCACCCCCACAGCCUCCUCUGUGCGGCACUGCUGGGGGGGGAGCUGGGCGCACAUGGAAUCUUGUAUUCAUUUUGUAAAGCAUUACGUUUUGUGUUUACUAACUGGGAUGUCAUAGUAUUUGGCUGCAGGGGCUGGGGGGCUCAUUUCUACUGGGGGGGGGGACAUGGGAGGGGGCCUGAGAAAUAUAUGCAACUAGGCAGAGGGGUUGGUGGGGACUCUCCUAAACACACUGCAGGAGGGCCUCUGGCGGCCUGGGUCACCCCGACCCAAACGGGGCAGAGGAGGAGUUGGAGCCUUUGCCAGUGUCUGGCUGCACUCUCGCGGCCUCUGGGAGCCGGCUCAGCGAGCUGGGAGCUUCGGGGGUGGAGCGGCUGAAUACCUUGCCCCGUUUUUAUUUGUCAGUAAAUUGGUCCCAUUUCCAGGUGUUGCCCUGGAGGAGUGGGAGUCAUUAAAGGACUUGUAGGUGGGCAAGAGAUGGGAGAGGAGAGGCUGAGUGGCUUUGUCUGUUGAGGUGCUGGGGUCCGAUGGGACUCUUUCCACCCAAGCACCAGGCCCCUCUUGCAUUAAGAAGAGAGCUUUCUCCUGCAGAGGGCAUGGGUCCGUUUCCUGGUAGCCGCGGCCAGGAAGCAAGGGCCGGGCCCCGCGUCUCCGCGUUCCCCUGCCUCUGUCACCGGUAGCUGCUUUGUGCGGGAGAAGUGGGGCAGAAGAGCAUAAGGAAGGCACUCGCAUGGGUAAUACUGUGACAUCUCAUCUUAGCUAAGCACCAGAAUAAUCCUGGAGCCCUAAGUAGUCCUUUUGCUCUGUUCUUCAGAAAUGUUAGACUCAACAGCCGGUCAGGCUGAAAUGCCAGAGGUAUUCUGAAUGAUGCCAUAGUCGCAAAAUGCCAUUGAUCGGGGUUUCCAUUACUACACUACAUCACCGAUUUAUUACCUUGGGCUUCUCGCAGUUUCCUGUUUACAUGUAGAGUGUAGCCAACUGUUUAAAUGUUUAGUUGCCAUAGUGUACCGGGAGGACCUGAGCCAACGACUCUACCAGCUGCUGACUAACCCACAUCACCACUGUAGAUCUUGCUGCAUGUCAGGCUCCUUUCUAUUAUUUUGGUUGCUGCAAUGCUCUUCCACGUGACAGUCCGUUGAAACGUUGUGAUCAUUCGGCAGCAUGUCACCGCGCAUCGGAGGCACUACUUCCGGGAGGGUCUCGGCAGAGCUGCUGUACUACUGAAAGGGAGCGAAGGAGGCUGGGGAAGACCGUGGGAAAAGGUCGGGGAGUCUAUGCAGACACAGAAUGAUUUUUGUGGCCAAGUCUCAUCCCUCAGUGCUGGGAGUCAGAGGUGUCCUAGUGCCAAUGCCAGGGAGGUCUGGGCCAGUCAGCGCCGUGGGGUGAAGAGAAGAGCAGGUAGGCGACGUUUUGGCUCGAGGGCAGAGGGUCUCCUUCCUGGGGCCUGCCCAGCCAGAGCUCUUUGUAAAUGACUUUCCUUACAGACUAAUCAUCUUGAAGAAAACACUAGCUGCUAACUCUAGGAUUUGCCUUUCAUGUGUUUAUAGGGAUCAAAAGCAAGGUUUGGAGAAUGUGUUUGUCCACGUGACGUAUUUAUAUAGAGAAAACUCUAGCAUCUCGCUGCUGUUCAGGUUUCUCGACGGGGCGAUGUUCUUUCAUGAACUAAAUUCAGAUCCACUCCAGACCCGUAGCUCUCAGCCCGCCUCUGGGAAAUCCAAGCUACGGGACUGACAGUGUCUCACUACAGCAUAUCACUGAACAGAGAUGAAGACUUACCAAGCCAGGCUUCAGAUUAACGCCUUAACUGGGGCCCUGUAGUAUCAACAGCGCACAGAAGUUUAGGGUGCGGCGAGGGUCCUGCAGCAGGAAAUGCCUUUUUAGUCGCCCUCUAGGUCGUGUGUACUUCUGUGAUGACUAGGUGUCAUCCCAAGCCUUCUGGCUUUCCAUCUCUGUGUGGAAUGGGCCUUUCUGGCCAUUCUUUCUCAUUUAAAACACUCAAAUUAAACCGAACUAGUAAGGAAAAUCCUCUGCAUUUUCCUGGAGGGUUUUUUAAAAUUGAAAUGAAAUUGAAAGCCAAAAAGAAGCCACCUGUGUUGGAAUUGACCCCCUCGCAAGUGCGGAGAGCAGGUCCAGAGCACGGUGCUAAUGUGGAGUGCUUCAGAACCCCAAGCAGCAGCGGCGGUGAUGGGGAGGCUGUACUUACACACGGAGUCGUUUCAUUCUUUUGCUUCUGUUAUGGUUUGAAUUUGGUCCAAGUCUUUGGCUUAAACUGGGCUACUUCAACCGAGUUCCCUCAGACCAUCUUGUUUGUGUAAUGUAAAGCAUGACUGAAUGCUGGACCCAACGAUGUCUAUCCCAUAUUGGCUUUUUUGUAUUCAGGAGAGUUGUGUAGUAACCAUUUUUACAUGUAUAUCAUGUGCAGACCUGGACUAUUCCAAUGAGUUUAAUAUUUUAAUUAAAAUAGUUUGCAAAAACUGAUUCAGAUCAACUCGUCUACAUGUGUGUGUCUCUUGUGUGUGCAUGUGGGUACCAGCAGCUGCCUUCUGAAUGAGUCUGAUCUCAGGAGAUGUCACCCAGUAACUCAGUUGUUGUAAGCAGGGGGCGGGGGGUCGUGUUCAUGUUUGUACUGGAGGUGUGUGAGGAGGUGAAUUAGUAUAUAUAAUGUAUAUGUUUUUAUAAAUAUAAAUAUAUAUAUCACAAAUAUAUUUGUGAGAUAUAUGUACAAAUAUAAAAUAAAAUAUUCCAGAGAGACGCAAACACUUUCUGAAUCAGUUUGCAAACUCCAUUUUUUUUUUUUUUUUUUUUUUUAAACUUAAGAUGACCUGCUCCCCGCUGGACUAGACAGUCACCUUGCCCCUGGCACUGCCAAUACUGUCGUCUGUAAACUGGAGAGACAGGUCCCAGGAUCUCCUCCCGAUGGUAGUUGCAUCUCUUCCAUUGGCGCGUCCCCGCGGCACUCCCCCCUGCAUGCUGCGCUCGGAAGCUUGUUGCCUUCUCGCGAAAGGACGCCUCGAGCAGGCUGCUCUGCGGUGGUUUUUCCCCUUCCCUUGGGCACAGGCCUUGCAGCCAGAGUGUAGCCAAGAGGCGCGAUUUCGGAGGAGCCCUUUUGGGUUUUGCAGGAUUCCCAUCGGCAAAAGGGGCCGUGUUUUCUGGGCGCGCUGUGGCUGCCGCUCCCAGUCCGGGGCAGGCAGUGCGUUAUGUUCCUCGGGCGCCGCGCCGGCCCGGCAGCCGGUGCUCUCGCUUCCGGCUGAGCCCGCCGGCUUCCAAGGGGUCACGGUGCGUGUGGCAGGAUCCCAGGAGUGCAGCUGGUCACAGGCCUGCCUGGAAUCGCUGCGCUGUCGCUUCUGAGCCAGUUGCCAGGGUGCUGUCGGAUCCUGGCGUGAUGCUGUGUCCCGAGGUGAGGGGCACCUGCCGGCCUCAGACCAGUCUGCCCAAGCGGUUGCUAGGAGUGGUACACCCUUGCCCAUCUCUCUGCUUCAGUGGGCCGUGGCUGUCUCCAGGGACGCGCAUCUGCUCUCUCGCUUGUCAUACCCUUGUGUGCGCCUGUGUGUCCCCACGCGCACGGCAGGGGCUGUGCAUGUCUAGCAAGGUGCUCGGGUCUGGCAACUCCGCGAUGGGCUGGCAGGGUCCAGGCCCCGUUGGGGUGAGGCUGGAUCUCCUUGCAUGGAGGCACGUUGUGGGGGAGCAGCUGAGGGACACUGCUGUUUCAGUACUGCCUGUUUCUUGCUGUGCGGUGGGCUGGGGGUGUCCUUUGCUGUCUGUUGGGGAAGGAAGGAGGGAAGGUGGAAGGCCAUGCAGAAGGUGAGGGGCAGUCUGGUACUGCCACGCGGCGGCAAGCAGCCCACUGGACUGGCACGGGGAGAGGAAGGGUCUGGGAGUCCCCCGUGGUGGUUCAUCUCCAAAGAUCAUGACCCGCCUUCCUGCCUGCCUUAGGCUGCCACUCGCUGGCCUCCCUGUCUAUGCAUGGUGCUUAGUGCCGGGGACCAAACCGUACAUCUGAGAGAAGAGCGUGCUUUGCCCUGGUGCUCCGGUCCUGCCCUGCUUCUAGGCCACAGGCUGGUUUCCAUGGGGUGGUCAGUGAUGGGGCCAGUUUCCCUAGCUGCCCUGCUUGCAUGCCUCCACUGUGCUUUGCAGCAGACAUUGGAGCAUGGAUUUGACUUCUCAGAGCAAGGGUCUGUCCUUCCAAACCUGCUGCGUCAACUCCCCCGGGGCCAGACCGCCCGCCCCUGCGGUCUCCCCCAGCUGGGUUGUGAGGGUGGGGGAGUGUGUUGCGUACAGAAGGGCUGCCGCCCUGCGAACAAGGACUACUGAUUGCUGCCUGUCUUGCUGUGUUCGUUUCUGUUUGCACUUUGGCGACUCGCUGCAGUGGGAAGUGCCUGGGAGAGGCUUGCGCGGCUGCGUGGAGGGCGCAGGGGCAGCAACCGCCGUGGCUGUAUUAGACGUGACUCCAAAAGAGAGAAGGGCAAGAUCUAAUAACCUCGUGUCCUGUUGUGUGCCGCAACGCGGCCGUUAGGCCCUUGAUGCUCUUUCCCAGCUCCGGUGAUGCCCCGUUUUCCCAAGCCUCUGCAGGACACCGGAGCAGGGGCUCGGUAUGAAACACACGUGCCAGCAAACAAAGCACUUUGCCCCCCGGCUGUAGGGGAUCAGGACUUGCAUUUCACCUGAAAUCUCUCCUGGGGGGUGGAAAAGCCGUUUCCUACGUGGCCGUGAGCCGGCACCCAUCAGCUGUCCUAUAUGCCAGUGGCACCCAGUAUGGCCCCUCUGCCCGCUUCCCUCAGUCGCACAGGAAGCCGGAGGGAGCCUGCCAGGGAGAGGCGGGCACUGCCAUCGCACUAUUUGAACUGAGCCAGGGGCACCUUCCAGCCUUGGCCUUGCCCCCAGCGUACGGGUACCUCCAAACAUGCACGGCUUGCAUUUCCCCUGGCAAUCACCUCCAGGAUUGCGAGUGGGAACUCCUGUAAAUAUGUAACUAACACAUGGACCCAGGCUCGGGAUUUUCUACGUUGUUGUACUGAAGUGUGGAGAGGCAGGACAUGCCAGCUAGCGAAGAGCCGGAACCUGGGAAGCAGAACCCGGAGUGGCGUCAAUCUGCGUCUGGUGCAAGGGGGUGCCGUUAGUGAGCCUCUGCCUUGCAUUUCAAAUGCAGCUGCCACCACGCAGUCUGAGGAGGAUGAGCUUUCUCGUGGGCUGACCUUGGCUCACCCAGGGUCCGGUUACUUGCUCUUCUGCUUCUGUGCCCAGGAGGACACAGGCGAAGCUCUGUAUUUCCCCUCUGCAAAGGGUUUUCUUUCAGCUCUGGGCGAUGCGGAGGAGUGCGUCAACCUGCCAGAGACGAGGCGCGUGUUGUUGAGAUGGUUCCCUGCUUUUAGUGCCCGGAUCGCCCAUUUCUAUGGCAACUCCAAGCUCCGCGGAGCGUGGGGAGCCGCGCACGGUUGUUCAGGAGCCCAAGGCCAGUAGGAAAUAUUGCCACUUUGGGCAUCGUGCUCGGUGGGAGCCAGCCGCAGGCUUUGGAGGCGCGUUCUGCACGAACACAGGCCCUGGCAAGAGGUGGCAGCAUCCCCUUGGCAGCGCAUGGUCUGGGGCCAGCAGGUAGUCUUCCACAGGGCUUCCCCAGCCCCCGGGUGGCUCUGUCAGCCAACAGAUGAGUGGCUCUCCUGCUGGCUUGCGCUGGGGCAUGUUUCCAAUGCCCAUCACUGAAUUAGGGGUUUUUUCCUUGCACUUGCUAAGAAAGCAGCGAGCUGGCUGUGCCACCUCCCCUCUGCCAUGCGGCAGAGGCUCAUCUGCAGCCCUAGAAUAGCUUUGCUGAGCGCAUCCUAGAGGUAAGCAAGUAGAGGAGGAGUUUCAGAGCCACUAGCGAGGCCCGUCACUUGAGAGAGAGUAGCCCUGGGCGGGGGGGGACUCUUCUGCGUGCCGCAGCAUCCCAGAGGAUGUCAGCUAGAGAGUUGGCAGCUGGAGCAGCCUGCCUCCUGCCUUCAGCCCUCCUGCGUCUCCUCCCCCUCCCCGCUCUGCUCCGUACUUGUUGCAGGGCCGUGUAUACAGCUAAUGUGGGGGGGGGCUAUGAUGUAAAUAAUGAACAUUAAAAACCAUAUGUAGGACACACAACACAAACCGUAAGGCGACGUCAGCUUGGUACAUUGUAAAUGCUUACGGGUUGUUAUUAACACUCGGAUUGCUAAAGUCCUGUCUGUGAUUCCGUGGAAAUUAUUAACCCGUGUGAAACAGAAGGCGAGUGAUUCUGCAAGCGAUGAUGCACACGAGCGCUGUGGCUGUGGGAACCCCGGGCCAGGCCGAGGGAGAGCCGGCGGCAGGAGACGUGGGGGGAACCGCUUGCGGGGCGAAGUUUUUCAAGACCGGCGUGAGUCUUACUUGCCCGCACGAGCCCAGCGCCCUCCCUCGCUGGAUUCCGGGUCGUGGGAACAUGCGUUCCCCCUGGCAGCCCCCAGUGCUCUCGCCUCCCAGCCACCCACCCCGGGGGCUGCGCUUCAUUUUAUCCACCCCUUGCCCCUGGUUUCAUUCUUCCCAGCAUGUUCCUGGAUUUUGUUCUGGGUUUUUUCCCCCCUUUUUGCAAAGGCAUUGUAGACCUUCAACCCAGUGCUCUCAAACCUGGUAUUUCUUUUUUCCCUUCUGCCAUUUUGGGUGCAGGAAUAGGAGGGGGGAGCUACUUUUCCAUAUACAGCUUCUGUGCAAGUGCCAGGUCCUGGCUGCUUUUUAACAUAACCUUCCCCGUGCUGGGGAGGCCUUGGGGAAGGGGAGAGCCACCUGUGCCUAUGCUUAGUGAGGGGACAGCCCAAAGUCACCCGCAGGCACCCUCCAGUGCAGCCCUCAGCCCUGCGACUGACAGAGAUGGGGGCUUUGUGCCAGGUCUGCAGCCAGCACGUGCCAUAAGAUGCUCAAACUGCUUGUUUCCCCCCCUCUUGCCUCUGCCCUGAGAAACGUGCAGCUCACGACCAAGGCUGGGGCCAGGAGACAGCCUCAGGCUCUGUCCUGAGUGCAGGGCAGCAGGCAUGCAGGGGCGGGCGUUGCACCGGAGGUGUCACGCUGUCUAGGAACAUGCACACGCAUGCUCUAAACCGCAGGCUGGGCUUUGCAGGCCUGGUUCCUGUUGUGGGGGGAUUGCAGAGUGUGAAACCUCGGACCUGGAGGCCCCCCUGCUCUCCUGAGCCCCAGCAGGCGUGGGGGAUGCCCCGGUGCCUUCCCCCAGGGGUAGAAGCUGCCACAAGCGCCACGCGGUGCGGCUCGUCGUGCCGUCUGCUGCCAGCAUCCUGGUCUUCUGGUUCCGCGCCCGUGCUAGCGCCUGUGUAACCUGUAUUAAUUGUAUGGAUUGUGCAUUUCAAGCUGUUCCCAAGUGGUCAGAACGUAAGAGACGUGAACACGAGGUCCCAUGUACUCUUCUGUUUGUAAGUCUCCUUUGCCCCGAGCAAAGGGCCUGUUCAAAAAGGAAAAAAA